CAGCUCUUCCAUUUGUUAGAUGGAGAGAUAUAAUCUGUGAUUUUCAAUACAUUAAAGAAACUUGAAAUUAAUUUCGUAUUUUUAAAUUUAGGCGCUUAAACACCACAGAUCAGUCAAAUGGAAAUAGAUCAAAGCGAAAUUAAUCUAUUUGUCUAUGGCUAAAUUAGAAAAACUUAACCUCAAAACAGCAAAAGUCCUAAUUUUUUGCAAAAAAAAUAAUUUAAAACUGAUUUGAAACAUAUUUGAUUAGUAUUUUUUUAGAAUAACAAAAUGAGACAUGCUAGCUUUAUAGCCCGUACGGUUUUUGUACAGAACAACGAUGUAGAAGCCGCUUGUAGGAUUCUAAAUCGAAUAUUAGGCAGAGAAGAAAUAUUCGAUCAGUUUAGAAGAACUCGGUUCUACGAAAAGCCUUAUCAGUACCGAAGAAGAGUAAACUUUGAAAAAUGUAAAGCCUUAUACAACGAGGAUAUGCAAAGGAAAAUUGAAUUUAUUUUGAGGAAAAAUAGAGUAGAUCCGUUCCCUGGAUCAUUGUAAAGUGUUGUAUAGAAAUUGUAGUAAAUAAAUGUGAUAUUAUAUUACAAAAUGAU